UAGCUGAAACAACAAUGGAUGCAUUAAUAACAGAAGGGUGUAACUGCAUUUCGAAAUUCGAUUUAAAAAAAGGCGGUUGUCGGUCUUUUGUAAAAGCUUGUCUUGGUCAUAGGACCUUCGUACUAGGUGAUGCUGCCAUCUAUGGUCACCGCGAAUUGACGUCAUAAGAGGACUGCUUGAAGUCCAUGCCUGUUCUUGGAAAUGGAAAGAAACAUCAUGUAAACGCCAGCUCUCUGUUUCAGAAUAUUGGGAAUAUGUAUUCUCUUUAGGUGAGAGCUGUACAGUGUAGGAGCUGUGUGUAUACGUGAGCUAGGUCAGACUAGUGUGAGCAGAGAUGAACAGCCUGUGGCAUUUCAAGCCAGGGGUGAUGUACAGGCUGCUCAAGUCCCCCGAGUAUGUGGAGUUCAGAAAGGUCAUUGUUCUCCAGGAGGCACGCUUCAUGGAAAUCACAGAAGAGGGUGAGGGGAUCAGAAGUGUUCAUCUCGCUCUCACAGCUGACACCUUGUUUAUUGCAGAAAAAUGUCUUCCUGACUAUGUAAAGCAGCCAGAGGUAUGGACAGAGUCAGAUCCUGAGUUAGAAGGAGUGGAGUUGAUAAGUAUUCUGCCACUAGAUGCCUCAGAUAUUGUUGUGCAAGAUGACAGGAAGUAUAAGCGGAUCCAUGUAGACCUACCUAAUGGCACAGCCCGUCAUUAUGAAUAUGCAGAAACGGUUCGCUCAGAAAGGAUCUGGAAAAGUUGGGUCCAGGAUGUCGCUGUGCUGAACAGACAGCAGACUGAAGAUGCUGAAAGCCAUGUGAACCUCACUGUUAUUAGGGUAACUACUACAAAGUAUGUCUCCUCAUCAGAGUCUUCAGAUGAAGAUGAAGAAGAGCCUUCCAGAGCCCAGAGACGUAGAGAUUUUUUAGGAGCAGGCUCUGCUUCUGCUGCAGCUGUUGUUGCCCCAGACAUAAACACCAUCAUGGCAGGAGCAGGAAGCCGAAGCAGAACCAGCACAACAGCGAAGACACUCACAAUGAGGAACACCCACCGGAAGACAACACAGCAGAUAUCAUCUGAGAGGGAAAUAGAUUCCUCCAGCCUGCAGCCAGUCAAAUGUUUAGUGGAAAAAUACAAUGGUUUUGCUGACAGGGAAAGUAAAUUUGCCACUGAAAAGAGCUCAUUUUCACGAUUCCUCUCAAAAGCUGCAUAUCAAUUGUCUCAAGUGCCGACAAUGUUCAGUAAAAAAGAUAUUGACUCUGUAAGCACAAUUCCACUACCUGAGAUUUGCAAUGAUAUCAAAGAAGUAGAAACACCUGAUCCACUGUUAUCACAUGAUUCUGAAAAGUUUAAAAAUCAGAAAGACAAAAGUGUCUCAAACCUAAAGCUUUUAGAAGAUAGUUUAAAAGAAAAAUUAGUGGAUAAAAUGAAUGCCAGAGCUGAAGAUGAAGGUGCCUUGUGUCUACCUGAUCUGCUGAAUUCUACUGGUUUAUACUCCCCCAAUACCUCAGACACCCUCACCCCUCACGGGUCUCAGUCCGACUGCAGUGUGCUGGCCAAGUACCAGAGACAAGAGGGUCACAGGGGGUUGGGGUACCACAUGGACAGGACACAGCUCCUACGCAUGCUGUCUGUGCCCACAGUGCUGAAAGGAGGGGCAAGUUUUCUGGAGGAUUACUACAGAAACAAAGAUGAAGUUUCUGCUGAGAGAUGUAAACGGAAGAAGUUGUCAGCGUCAUUAAGUUUGAAAUCCUUAUUUCCUAAGUUGACAAAAGAAGAGAGACAUUUUAAGGCCGAGAUACACCAGUUAAGGAGUAAGAGUGAUUUGAACUUUACCAUUAACCAAGCUGGAAGGAUGAUAGAAGGAGAGUGCCUGAUGUCUUCCCAUGCUUUAAGCUCAGACUACCAGAAGACCAGCCAUGGUGAGAGAAGCUCGAGAUCUGAUGUUUUCAGGGACAUGUCCCGUCCCCAAGACCUCCAAACUGGACCAAAUGUUCAGAGGUGCAGGAAAAUGAGUGGCCCUCAGCCUCAUGACACUGAACCUCCAGAUGAUGUGUCUGGAGCUAGGAGACCGUCCUCUGUCAGCGCUAGGAAGAGGUUGUCCAGGCUGCCUGGGUUGGGGCACCUGCUGCAGUCCCCAGAGGACCAGAGAGCCACAGCCAACAACCACUUGGAGGAUGUGUUGACAAAUGACAUACAUGCUGCCAGCAAUACAGCAGGGGUUGACACCUACUUCAAAAAAGGAUAUAGUGUGUGUGAAAGGCCAGAGCUGAUCACUGACCUUAGCGUGGAUGCCUUGGCCACAGAGCUGACUCUGAUAGACAAAGAGCUGUUGGUCAGGAUACAUAGCUCAGAGCUGGUGGAUUGUAUCUGGACACAGAAGGACAAGUACGUCCGUGCCCCCAAUGUGAUGAUGGCAAUUGCCUUCUUUGACCGUGUGGCAAAUUUGGUGGCAACUGAAGUGUUACUCCCAGACACUCCCGAGGAGAGGGCAAGAAUUAUUGUGAAGUUUAUCCUGGUUGCAGACAGGUUGAGGCACAUGAAGAAUUUCAACUCUUUACGUGCCAUUCUUGGAGGCCUUCAACUUACACCCAUCUACAGGCUGACAGACACUUGGAAUAGUGUCAAAGAAAAAUUCUCCAGGAAAUAUAAGAUUUACCAAGACUUGUCCGAGUUGAUGUCCCAUGAGAAGAACCACUGCCGUUACCGUGCCGCCCUAGAGAAGGCGUUACACAAGCCACCCUGUCUUCCUUUUAUUGGUGUGUUUUUACAGACUGUGCUAGCAGUGGACACAGCACGCCGUGUGGCAGGCAGAAAACAAAAACAAAAAUCCAGGCAGCAGCAUGGCGCAGAGAGACAUCCCCACAGGCGCAGGUCUGGGUUCGGCAGUCUGUCACCACAGGAAGAGGAGAGUGACAGAGAGAAACUGCCACACUUGGAUCCAAAGAAAACUUUAUUCAAGUAUCAGAUGAGUGCAAUACAAUACACCUUCCCCAGUAACCAAAGCGUGCGCAGGUUUCUGCUGAAAGCCCAGUAUAACACGGAUGAUGUCAACUACCAAGUCUCCUGUCAGAAGGAGUCGCGCAAAACCACCUCCGUGUGUUGACACCAACUCCCACAAACUGGA